CAAGAGAAAUUUAAUUAAUUUAAAGCAAUGGAUUAUAAUAUUCAUAAAAUAUGUCGAGUAUGUUUGGAAGAAGGUGCACUUACUUCAAUUUAUAGUACUGAAUUUGCAAUGAUGCCAAUGACUAUGAUGAUGAUGUGCGCUAAAAUACGAGUAUAUAAAACCGAUGGUCUCCCCGCUGUUAUCUGCAACAAUUGCAUAUAUCGUCUUGGCGUAGCUUACCAUUUCAAACAAGAAUGCGAAAAUUCUGAUAUCCGUUUGAGGCAAUAUCUGGGAAUCCUCGAGAGAGGAUAUGGUUUAUGUGAUGCUGAAACAAUGACUGAUCCUCUACCACAAAGGGAACUAAAGAAGCUAUUCCUUGAUGAAAAAGACGAUGAUGUUGAUGAUGAUGACGAGAAAGAUGAUUCCAAGAGUCGAAAAAGUAAACGCAAAUCUCGCUAUCAGCGUAAAGCCCCGGAAGAUCAUAAAAAACGUGGUCCCAAACCAAUAGAAAAAAUGCCACAAACUUGCUACGAUUGCAAUAAAACCUUUAAAUGCGCUGCUCAACUCCAAAUGCAUAUUCGAACGCAUACCGGAGAAAAGCCAUAUGUCUGUAAUUACUGUCCCCGUCGUUUUGCCCAAAAAUACAAUCUCCAGAUUCAUGUAAGAACUCACACUGGGGAACGUCCAUUCCAGUGUGAAAUUUGCAGUAAACAGUUUUCUGCUUUGGGUAAUUUUCAAGCUCAUCAAAAAAUCCACACUGGAGUUCGAGAUCAAAUUUGUCCUGUGUGUCACAAGGCAUUUUUGAGUUCUGGCGAUUUAUCCAAACACAUGGUUACACAUGCGGGGUUAAGAAACCACCACUGCGAUAUAUGUGGGAAAACAUUUAGUCGCAACAGAGAUAUGGUAGCGCAUAAGAAGAAAAUUCAUUUAAACGAACUCAAUAGUGAAAACUUUAAAUGUCCCGAAUGUCAUAAGGUAUUUGCGACAUCGAGUAGUCUGAGUGUGCAUUUUCGUAGUCACGGGGGCAGUACUAGUUCGUUACCAUUGGUGCAUCAGCCGCCAAUAGUUCCGACAGCUAUAGGUGGGAGUAUGUGUCCACCAACAGCUCCACCACCACCUUCUUUGAGUAGUAUUGCUAUGGGAAUGCCACCACCUCCUCCACCACCUGGAAGUUUAGGAAUGCUGGGACAUACACAGGGAACUUUAUCGCUGAUGCAUUCACAGCGGUUGCAUCCUUAUUGAUAAAUUUAUUAUAAAAAUUCAUAAGCUUAUGAUAAUUAAAUUUAUUUUAUUUAAGUAUUUAUAACCAGUUUAAGUUUUUUUAACAUUUUUGUUUAUAGUUUAGUUACUUAGCUUUAAAUGACUUAUUUCAAAUAAAGUACAGAUAAAGUUUGCUA